AUGAGGUAUUUUGCAUCUCACCUUUUCAUUGCUUUUCUAUUUUUAAAUCAAGCCCUCACUUAUAACGGCCACACAUUACUUCAAUUUCUUUUGCUCAAGCAAGACUCUACGACUGAAGAAUCCUCAGAUUCACAAGCUGACACAUCUGAUACAGCCUCUCAAACUCAAGACUCCUCAUCUGAGUCUUCUUCUGAUUCCGAAGUAACUACAAGCAUGGGGAAAAUCGGCGAAGGCGUAGAAAAAAUUGACGAAGACUUGUCGUCCUUUUCAACAAAAUUCGAUUCAGCAUUAAAAGAUUUAAAUAAGCAAAUUGAAACCUCAAUUAGCACUACUUCUGAUAUGACGAUUACUCUUAUGGAUGCACAGAUAUCACAAUAUGAAGCAGAACUUGAAACAAUAAACCAAAUAAUUGCCCAGCUAGAAAAAGAGCUUGUCAUUUAUACUGAUAAAUGCGGAGAUUUUGCAUCAUGCACAAGCUGCACUGUAAGUAAUAGUUGCAUAUGGUGCAAUUCAAAAGAAGAGUGCAUGGCUGGAGAUAGUGAGGGACCUUAUGAGUCUGCAUGCGACUCUUUCGAGUACAAUUCUUGUCCAGAUGCCGCAUGUGAAGAAUUUUAUAGCUGCUCUUCGUGUUUAACAAGAUCUGAUUGUGGAUGGUGCGAUAGUGGACAGUAUUGUUUAACUGGAACUGCAGAAAAUUCUGGAGAUUGUGACGAGCUUUACUAUUACCACUCCCAGGCAGCAAAUAGCGAGUGUCCUGAGGACUCUGGAAGUUCCACAGAAGGUCAAGACUCUGACUCCCCCUCCGAGAGUGAACAAAAUCUUGUUCACUCACGGAGGGAGUUAAUUUCUUUUUUUUUAAAAAAAUUUAUAUAUUAAUUUUUUUUCGAAAUUUAAAAAAAUCUUACUUCUAUAAAAAUUGGAAAGCAAAUAUUAAUUUAAUUUGUAAAAAUUUAUAUUUUAAAACGCAAUUUGUUUAAGUUAUCACUUAUAUAUCAUCAAAAUAUCUUUCCAAAAAAAAAUUUUAAUUAAAAAAUUUUUUUGUUCUCUCACGAGAGUGGGUUUUUGGGCAAAAAAUACGGAUUUUUCCAAUGGUUUGCUCGCGUACGGAGGGGGGGAGUGAGUAUGAUAGGUAUAUAAGCUCCAACCCAACAGAAAGUGAAGAUGAGUGGAUAAAUGACACUGAAAAAAAGUUGGAUGAAUAUAGACUUCAAGCCUCAGUAUUAAAUUCAAAAAUUUCUGUACUUGAAAGCGAUAAAGAAAAUAUUGAGUCGACUACGGAAGAAGGAUUAGCAAUUGAAAUGAAUGAUAUUGCGGUUGAGCAUACUCUUGAUGGACUCGGAAAAGAAGUUGAUAGCUUAUAUCAGGACGAAAUCGAUGAAAGCAGAGAAUAUGAAGAAGAGCUAGCUGAAAGCUCUAGCGAUCAAGUAGUUAGCGAAGUAGGGGAAGUUAUAGAUGAAAGCACUGAUGAAGUCAAUCAGGAAAUAGAUGACACCACCGAAUAUUUUGAGAAGGAAAUCGAUGAUUUAGACGAUGAGCUUUCUGCUCAGUUAGCUGAACUAGAAACGAGUCUUAAUGAGCUCGAAGAGUCUGUUGACUCUGCAAGUACAACUACUACAACAACGUCAGACACUACAUCAACAGAUACAACCGAUGGGACGGAGACUACUCAAACGUCCACAGAAACUACUGAGGGAGCAGAAACUGAAUCUUCCGAAACUGAAGGAGAUACUGAAACAUCAGAUUCAAGCCAAGAAACUGAAGUGGCUUCAUUUUUGCAAAUAAACGAAGUGCUGGGAGGAAGGUCAAUAAAAACAUUUAAUUGUAGGAAAAUUUUGGACUUUAUAAUGAAGGAAAUGUUUGAAGCGAAUUCUGAAGAAGAAUUUGAACAAAAGAAGCUCGAGUUGUAUGAAAAAUUAAUUUCCAGAGCUAAAGACAAAUUUUAUGGAAAUAUUGACUCUCAGAAUUUAGAAGAAAUCAUGAGCAUAACAUAUGAGCAUAGAGAAGAUAAGAGUUUCAUUCGAAAGCUGCAAUACUGUUAA